AUGCUGAGAACUAUCUUCAGAUUUUCUUGUCUUCAUCCCAAACAAACAAACACGCCCUUGCUCGCAUCUCAUCCUCUAACAACACAGUCGCUCGACGACCUAAACCAGGCAUUGCAAGAAAUGUCAGCUCGAGGGCUCGACAUGAACUUCAAAGACUACGAUGCUGUCCUGAACGAGUGCGUGAGCCAAAAAUCUUUGAGAGGCGGCCAAAGGGUGCAGGCCCACAUGAUCAAGACCCAUUAUCUUCCCUCCGCGCACCACAGCACGAGGAUGAUCGUGCUGUAUUUGAAGUGCCAGUUGCUGGGCGAUGCUCGAACGGUGUUCGACGAAAUGCGUGAAAGAAACGUGGUUUCUUGGACCGCCAUGAUUUCUGGGUACAACAAAAGUGGGUCCCAUUCUGAAGCUCUGGGGCUCUUUGUUCAGAUGCUGAGAUCAGGUACGUCCCCCAACGAAUUCACUUUCGCAACUGUGCUCACCUCCUCUGCGGGCCCCCACGGGCUCGAGCACGGACGGCAAAUCCACGCUCUUAUUGCCAAGAGCCCGUUCGAAUUCCACGUGUAUGUAGGCAGCUCGCUUCUCGACUUGUAUGCCAAAUACGGGAAAGCCCGUGAAGCCCGGGCCAUUUUUGAGUGUUUGCCCGACCGGGAUGUCGUUUCUUGCACUGCCAUGAUUUCGGGCUACGCUCAGUCGGGCCUCGACUAUGAGGCCCUCGAGCUUUUCCGUGUGUUGCAGAGAGAAGGCAUGGCUCCCAACCAUGUCACGUAUGCAAGCAUUCUAUCUGCACUGUCGGGGCUUGCUGCCCUUGAGUACGGAAGGCAAGUCCACGGCCAAGUCUUCCGGUCCGAACUGCCGUUUUAUGCCAUCCUUCAGAAUUCGUUGAUUGAUAUGUAUUCCAAAUGUGGAAACCUUUUCUAUGCCAGACGGGUUUUUGAGAAAAUGCCUGAAAGAACCGCAGCUUCGUGGAAUGCCCUGCUGGCGGGUUACGGCAAGCACGGGAUGGGUAAAACCGUCGUCGAACUUUAUAACAAAAUGAGGCAAGAAAAUAAAGUCAAACCCGACGGGACCACUUUUCUGACCGUACUAUCGGGCUGCAGCCAUGGAGGAGGGAUGGAGGAAACGGGCCUCAGAAUUUUCGACGAGAUCGACUCGACCCAACUUAGCGUCGAGCACUAUGGAUGUCUGGUGGAUCUGCUCGGGCGGGCCGGCCAGUUAGAGAAGGCCCUACGUUUCGUAAAGGAGAUGCCUUUCGAGCCGAAUGCCGCUAUUUGGAGCUCCCUGUUGGGUGCAUGUAAGGCCCACAGGAAUGUAAGCAUCGGGAAAAUUGCGGGCGAACAGCUUCUCGAAAUGGAGCCCGAAAACUCGUCGAAUUACGUGAUCCUUUGCAACUUAUACGCAUCGGAUGGAAAAUGGAACGAAGUUAGAAAAACGAGGGAGCUGAUGAAAAGGAAUGCCGUUGUGAAAGAGCCCGGAAAGAGUUGGAUUGAAUUGGGGCGCACAAUUCAUACGUUCUAUGCUGGCGACAGGUCGCAUUCGAGGAGAGAAGAGAUUUUUGCAAAAGUGAGAGAAUUGUCGGACAGGAUAAAGGGGGCCGGCUACUGUCCCGACUUGGGUUCGGUUCUGUAUGAUGUGGAUGAAGAGCAGAAGGAGAGGAUGUUGUUGGGGCAUAGUGAGAAAUUGGCUUUGGCCUUUGGGAUGAUGAGUGUAUGUGAAGGGAAGGCUAUAAGGAUCAUGAAGAACCUUAGGAUUUGUGUGGAUUGCCACAACUUUGCCAAGUUCGUGUCUCGAGUUUAUGGGAGGGAGCUGUUGAUUAGGGACAAGAGUAGGUUUCAUCACAUUGUGAAUGGUGUGUGUUUGUGUGGAGACUAUUGGUAA